UUUCGUGUUGCUAGGAGGCAGGAGGGCGAAGAAGGAAACCGUUGUCUCUUUGCUGGCCUAGCCCAAAGAGCCCCAGAAGCCGAAGGAGUCGCUUCCAGCACCGCCUCCGCCCAAGCUUCCAGGGCCACAGGGCGUCGGCACAUGCAGUCCUUUUACUUUUUAAUGAGAUGACUCAACAUACAAGUAUAGACACCACUUAUUUUGGUUAAAAGAGCUUCAGUUAAAGAUCAUUUUUUCUAUGGAAUACCAUUUGAAUAAUUGGCUUAUCAGAACGUACCAAGUACGUCCAGGUCCACUGGACAAGCUCGUUUGUUGGACAUGCCUAAUAUGUUGCUCAGCAGUGAAGCAGUUAACCGAGAUGGCAUGAUUGAGCACCACAGGGAUCUGAACAAAUGGACCACCGUGAAGAGCAAUUAAGAAGGGAAGAAAGAAGAAACAACUAUUUCCCAGCAGCAAAGAAGGGAAAAGAAAAAAAAUCUGGUGGUAAAACUUCUGUAGACAUGGCUAGUUCUGACAUGAAACCAAAAUCAAUAAGUCGUGCCAAAAAAUGGUCAGAUGAGAUAGAGAAUCUGUACAGAUUUCAGCAAGCAGGAUAUCGGGAUGAAAUUGAAUAUAAACAAGUGAAGCAAGUCUCUAUGGUAGAUCGUUGGCCAGAGACAGGCUAUGUGAAGAAACUUCAGAGAAGAGAUAAUACUUUCUAUUACUAUAAUAAACAGAGGGAAUGUGAAGACAAGGAGGUUCAUAAAGUGAAAAUUUAUGCUUAUUAGCAUUUCUUCCUUGUGUAAUUUGUUAUUUAUUUAAAAAAACCCACUGAGUUUCAUGAUAUAACAUGUGUAUUUCACAUUACCAGCUGUACUCUUCACUUUAAUGCUUUGUAACAUAAAAGUAAUGAAACUAGCUUUCUUUUAAGCCACCUUGACCCAUAUUUUAAAAUAUCUGAUAGUAAGCAAAUAAAUAAAAUGCCAUCUUCUAAAAAUAAA